UGUGUGUUUGUGUCCCCCUAGUGUUCAGACGGUGAUAAGGCGUGCCACCUGUGGACGGUGGUGGAUCUGGCCUUCUUUGUGCUGAUGGGUAUAGUGGGGGGGCUGCUGGGCGCUCUCUUCAACUGCAUCAACAAACGCCUCGCCAAGUACCGCAUGAAGAACGUCCACCCCAAGGCCAGGGUCAUCAGGGUGUUGGAGAGUCUGCUCGUUUCCAUGGUGACGACGGUGGUGAUCUUCGUGGCCUCGAUGACCCUGGGAGAAUGUCGGGACCUGUCUCCCCCCACAACACACAACUCCACUGUGCUGGAGGCAGUUAAUGUAAAUGUGGAUGUGAACUCCACCAUCAGGCAGUUCUUCUGCUCCAAUAAGAGCUACAAUGACAUGGCCACGCUGUUCUUCAACCCUCAGGAGGUGGCUAUACAUCAGCUCUUCCACCAGGACGCUACCUUCAGCCCGGUGACUCUGUCCAUCUUCUUUGUGCUGUAUUUCCUGCUGGCGUGUUGGACGUACGGCGUGUCCGUCCCCAGCGGUCUCUUUGUCCCCUCGCUGCUCUGCGGGGCGUCUCUGGGGCGACUGGUGGCCAACGUCCUUAAGAUGAACCUGGGUAUGCAGAUCUACCCCGGGACCUUUGCUCUGAUUGGUGCAGCUGCCUUUAGGGGCGUGGUCCGCAUGACCAUCAGCCUGACAGUCAUCCUGAUCGAGUCGACCAAUGAGAUCACUUACGGCCUUCCCAUCAUGAUCACACUGAUGGACACAGUGAUCCUUCCUGUGCUGCACUCCGUGCUCAGGGAUGAGAGCCAAUGGGGGAAUGCCUGGACCUUUAACCUUGGGCACUUCCUGGACCGAAAUGGCAACUUCAAGAAGAAACCAGCCUUCGUUCCUUCCUCUGCAAGGAAGCGGGCUUGUGUGGGUGAGUCACUGGUAUGGAUGGAGCUCCUGCUCUUCCUGGUGUCCAAAGUGCAGCAGUUCCACCUCAGCACCCCUGGAGGACCAUCCAGCAUUAACACCCCAGAGCUCAGCAGCUUUGCCAACGUCCCCCACCAGUACCAGCUCAUUGUCACCCCCCGCUGA